CAAGAAGCUUGUGUUCGAGAAUGAACCAGCUUUUACUCUCCCUCUCCCUUCAUUGCUUCCCGAAGAGAUGCCCACGUUCGUCUCCCCACCUCACCUCACUCCUUCCCUCUCUGCUGUGCCAUCGCCUCCCUGCCGUCUGAUGUCGAAGCCGCUACCCGUCUCGAGGAGGGCCAUCAGGGCCGUGGCCAAGGAGGACCAAGCCGCGGCGACAGUCUUGGCCGAAGCGACGAAGGAGGAUGAAGAGGCUACGUUGGCCGUCCCGGUUUCGCCUUCGGAUCUGCUCACCAUGCACUUCCAGGCCGAAGGAACAAUGGACGAAUCGGCGAUUCCUACCGUGAGCAAGGCAUUACAGGGAUCGGAAGGAACCAAUGAUGCCAGUGUGCGAGUGUUCGAGUAGAUGAGGGCAUUGCCAUUGUCGAGGUACGAGCAUAUUGAUCCUUGAAUUCUCGUUGCUGUGAUGAAGUUAAAUCACUUGAAAUUUGAAUUCAUGCUCAGUUUGUUCAGAAUUAGCCCUAUUCUUGAGUUAGGGUCGGAUGUUGCCUUUGCAGAUAAGUCUACAAAUGGGUGUUAAAUUUACUAAACUUUGUGUUACUUACUCCAGUCUUUCAAAAAUGUUUUUGCUUGUUUUGCAAAGCCCUGGGCGGUUCUGUUGCGAGUCCAUCCGUUCACGACCCAGUUCGAACUGUAUCAGGCUGAGUGAAGCUCGAUCUGUGCAUGACCUGUUGACACCUAUAGAUACGGGAUCGAAUUGAUGUAGCAAGAUAACUAUGUAAGGCAAGCAUGCUAAAUCUGCAACUCAUCAUUGGAGCAAGAUAAGUUUAGUUGUUCGGUUUUUCAUUAUGUUUCUUCUACAAUUAUACUUGCGAGGAUGAUCCUCUUCCAUCAUGAGUUGUACUUCUGAGACAAUUAUAGGAAAUGGUCGAUCUCCUUGUGCAUGACACUCCUAUUACUUUAUGAUAUCAAGAACUUAGGACGAUCACUCACUCAUGAACUCACUUUGUUUAUACAUUUUGCGUUUGUUUAUGUUCACUUAAUGGUUCAAAUCUCUAGUUGUAUCCUAAUAUUCAUAUGAAACUCCAUUAUAAGAAAAAUCAAGGCAAAUGGAACAGAAAUGUUAACCUUAUUUCUUCCUUUUUUCAGUUAAAUAUUUCAAGAAAUCGAGUUCUAUUAAGAUAUGAUCAUAAUGGUUUUGUACUAAGUUGAUUCUUCUUAACAAUGCAUUAGUUGACAAAACAAACCACAGUGCAAGCAACUGGAGUGACUUCUAACCUAGUGGAGAUCAUUCAAGGAGUAGGCUUCAAGCUACAAAGCUUAAAUUUAAGUUUUGUCAACAAAGAGGAUGCUGCUACUGCUGUUGGUUA